ACUUAAAAAAGCUCAACUGGACCCCGCUUUCCAGAAACUGCUCGUCCGAUCUCAAGAGCGCCGCCUCCGCAGUCCCCCCCAAGGCCCCAACCCCGUCGACGCGGCGGCCGCGCCCCCAUCGCUCGUCGGCGUCUCAUUUCUCGAGGUGAAGCAGCAGAAUGGGUCGGAAGGCUGGUGCUUUGUACAUAAACCCAAAGAAGUUUGGUGCUGUUGCAAAGCCUUGCAUGGUAGAAAUGGUGGCCUUCCUCAACUGCCUGGCCUUAAACAAACAGGAAGAUGACAAGUGCGUGAGGCAGAAGGAUCUCUUGGUUAUGUGCACUCAGACCCAGAAAGGGAAGCCAAAGAACGCCGCAAAGACCAUCAAUUACCAUCUGCAGCGACUUGGGCGAGACAAGUUCCUCUAGGUUCAAUGGUUUUGAGAUCAUUUUCUCAUCAAGCUCGCUGCCUUGUAUUGAGGGCCGGAGGGCAAUUUUUCUCUCAAAGUAUUUUUACUAAAACGGGGCAGUAAUAUGUUUGUUUACAUUGGACAAAUGGUCAGCCAAUAAUUCUAUGUCAAACAUUAAUGUAUCAGUAGUAUAUUGAUAUGGUUUGCUUCUCUUGCUA